AUGGAUUCCAAGAUUGAGCCCACCACCGCGGCCGGACAGCCGUCCGAGGACACGUCCAAGAACAACAACGACUACGCUGUUGGCGAGGUCCACGAGCUGGGAGGCAAAACCCAACAGCAUGACCUUGCCAAAGAAGACAUCGCAGCCGAGCUGGCUGAGAUGUUCCGAGGCGGGCAGGGCUACACCCAGAAAGAAGUCUGGCGCCUUCGAUGGAAGCUGGACCUUCGACUGAUCCCCAUCCUGUGGUUCAAUGUCCUCCUGCCGGCCAUGGACAAAGUCAGCCAUGCCACCGCGGCGCUGUACGGACUGAAGACGGACCUGAAUCUUGUGGGCAACCAGUACGCCUGGAUUGGCAGCGUAUUCUACUUUGGUUAUUUGGUUUGGUGUUUCCCAUCCGGAUCACUGCUCCAGAAGCUCCCCAUCGCAAAGACCAUGUCCGGUGCCAUGAUGCUCUGGGGCAUACUCCUCAUCGGCUCCGGUUUCGUCAAGACCUUUUCUCAGCUGAUGGCUUGUCGAUUCUUACUCGGUCUGUUGGAAGCGCCAAUUGUGCCUGGUAACCUCCUGAUUUUGUCUAUGUGGUACACCCGGCCAGAGCAGUCGCUGCGCUACGGACUGAUGUACACCGGCUUGUCUACCUGCUUCACAGGUCCCAUUGGCUAUGCCAUCGGCUUCAUCAAGACUGAUUCCUUCCACGUCUGGUCAACCUUCUUUUGGAUCUGCGGCGGCAUGACAUUCCUCUACGGUCUCGUGGUCGGCAUUUUCCUCCCCGACAAUCCCGUCAAGGCCAAGUUCAUCAGCGAGCGGGAAAAGGCCAUUGCCGUUGACCGUGUCCGAAUCAAUCAAACUGGUAUCGAAAACAAAACCUUCAAGAAGGAGCAAUGCAUCGAGGCCCUCCUUGACAUCCGUGUCUGGCUCAUGUUCCUCUUCAACAUCUGGAUCAGCAUUCCCAACGGUGGUCUCACCAACUUCUCGCCUCUGAUCGUGAAAGGAUUGGGCUACACCUCGCAGCGCUCCGCCCUCCUGACCAUCCCCAACGGCAUUGUACAGACCGCCUCCAGCUACAUAUGCAAUGGCGGCGUUUUCCUCGCCGUCAGGUACAUGCCGCAGUACCACUUCCGCGGAGCCUUCAUCAUGUUCGGCGUGAUCGUCGGUCUCAUCGCUGCCAUCUUCCUGUACACGCUCCCUACGACGGCCUACCACAGCCGUCUGGCCGCCUUGUACAUGUCGUUUUUCUACUUGGGUCCAUACAUUGUCGCGCUGAGUCUUAUCGGUGCCAACACUGCAGGCCACACCAAGAAAGUCACCGUCAACGCUAUGAUGUUCAUCGCCUACUGCGUCUCCAACAUUAUCGCGCCGCAGUUCUUCAAGACCGCCCAAGCGCCCUUGUACCCACUCGGCUUUGGCGCCAUCCUGGGUUCCUACAUUCUGUCGCUGCUCACCAUCGGUGUCUACAUGGCCCUUUGCUGGUACGAGAACAAGCGUCGCGACGCCCGUGACGCUGCCGCCGGUGCCGUCGUGCACCAGGACACCGAUUUCAAGGAUCUCACGGAUAAGCAGAACUUGCAUUUCCGAUAUGUCUGGUAA